UCUGGGUUCUUCUUCUUCUUCAUAGAAACGAAAUGUAAUCAAUCAAACACCAAGUUUCUUGCUUCCUUUGGAAUCCCCUUUCUUUGUAUUCUUCUUCUUCUUCUUCUUCUUCCGACUCUGAUGCCUUAUAAUACCAUCUUAUUUGAAAACGGUUUGAUGAUCAGUAAUCAUUCUCGUCAUCGAUCUCUGAAACAUGGGUUGUGUUUGCGUCAAGGAUUGUAGCCGUUACCCGAAACCAUUAGAUGGAAAUAAUCAAGAAGAUGCGUAUAUUAGUCAAGGAAACACCCUCUUAGAUUACGUUCUUGUUCCUUCUCACAACCUAAAGCUCGGCUAUUCCGUCCUUACACAAAGAGGUUACUACCCAGAAACCCCCCACAAAGAAAACCAAGAUUGUUAUUGCGUCGGAACUCAAAUUCAAGGUAACCCUAACGUUCAUUUCUUCGGCGUCUUCGAUGGCCACGGUCAAUUUGGUACUGAGUGUUCUAAUUUCGUUAAAGAUAGAUUGAUUCAAGUUCUAUGUCACGAUCGUUCCUUUCUUGAUGAUCCAAUUAAGGCUUACAAUUCUGCUUUUUUAUCUAUUAACGAGGAAUUACACGCUAGUGAUAUUGAUGACACCAUGAGUGGUACCACGGCCAUAACAGUUCUUGUUAUUGGGAAUACCCUUUACGUUGCCAAUGUUGGUGAUUCCAGAGCUACCAUUGCUUCAAGAAAUGGGGAUCAAAUUGUGUCUGAAGAUCUUUCUCAUGAUCAGACCCCUUUUCGUAUAGAUGAAUGUGAGAGGGUUAAGCUUUGUGGGGCAAGGGUGUUGAGUGUUGAUCAAGUUGAAGGUUUGAAGGAUCCUAAUAUUCAGACUUGGGGAGAUGAUGAAACCGAGUGUGCUGAACCUCCCAGGUUGUGGGUUCAGAAUGGCUUGUUUCCGGGCACUGCUUUUACUCGUUCUGUCGGAGAUAGUAUAGCUGAGAAGAUCGGAGUUGUUGCUGUUCCUGAGAUUUCUGUUAUCGAGAUCAGGCCGCAUCAUCAGUUCUUUAUAAUUGCAAGUGAUGGAAUCUUCGAGUUCUUGUCCAGUCAAAUUGUUGCUGAAAUGGUCACAAGAUACCCCGACUCUCGAGACGCCUGUGCUUUCAUUGCAGGAGAAUCUUGCAAACUGUGGCUCGGAAAUGAAAAUAGGACCGACGAUAUAACCAUCAUCAUUGUGCACAUUAAAGAAUUAGUAACUGAUUCGGUUACCAUUGGCGAAGGACUAAGCAGUGGGAACAACCUCCAAGCAGGUUUGCUAAAAAACGAGAUUGGAAACAAAAAACGAUAUGAUAUCUGCAAUACCCCACACCUACUGGUUCGGUUCAUUGCUAAAUCCAAAUUCAUUUCCAGAAGGAGGAACAACAACAGCAGAUCAAAGCCAUCCGAUUUAUAAUGUAUAUUCAAGAGAUACUUAAAAUUAUUAGCCUAAUCUUUAGUAGCAAAGAUUUUUGACAAUAUAUAGAGAUAGUUAAAUUAUUGUUACAAUUGUUGUAAUGAAUAUUCCUGUCCAUCAUAGAAUUGGCUUCAAUUGUGUAUAAAAGUGUAUAUCAUAUCAUCCUUUUGUCAU